AUGGCUCCCAUUGGAAUUGCGAUCAUUGGUGGAGGCAUCUUCGUCAAAGAGCAGCAUGUGCCCGCGGCCCUGGCCAGCCCGUUGAUCUCCAUCAAGGCGCUCUGGUCCCGUUCGCUCAAGUCUGCGGAAGAAACCGCCAAACUCGUGACCGGCGAUGCAGCCUCCUCGCUAGAGCUCUACUCGGCUGAUUCUGGGGCUGGCAAGUCCUACGAAGACAUACUAAAGCGCUCUGAUGUUGACGGGGUCAUCCUGGCCCUGCCAAUCGUGGACCAGCCCGCCUAUAUCGAGAAGGCCUUGGCUGCCGGCAAACAUGUCCUAGCUGAGAAGCCGAUCGCCAAGGAUGUCGCCACGGCCGUCAAGCUUAUCGACUACUACAAGAAAGUGUCGGCAGAGAACAAGGCCACUCUAGCCAUUGCGGAAAACUUCCGCUUCACCGAUGGGUACACCUACGGUGCAGAGGAGAUCAAGAAGCUCGGCAAGGUGACGGGCUUCGUCGUGAAGCUGAACUCUAUGAUGGAGAAGAGCAACAAGUACUACAACACGCCGUGGCGCACGACGCCGCAGCACCAGGGAGGCUUCCUCCUCGACGGCGGCGUGCACUUUACGGCUGCUAUCAGGAAAUUGUUGGGCGCCGAGAACGCCAUCGAAAGCGUAAUCGCGCAGACGGCCCUGGUGUCCAGCCACCUGCCUCCUGUAGACUCCAUCAACGCCGUCUGCAUGACCAAGUCCGGAGUCGUGGGUUCGUACAUCCAUUCCGUGGGAACGACAUUGCAGGCGUUCGAUUUCGAGGUGGCCUGCGAGCAGGGCUCCGUGAAGGCCGAGGGCGCCAAGGUGGUCACCGUUCGAGGGACCGGCGAUAGCGCCUCGACUGAGGAGAAGACGUUCGAGCGGACUAGCGGGGUGAAGGAAGAGGUCCAGGCCUGGGCGGAGGCGAUCGAGUCCGGGGUCCCCAGCCCCGAACAGACCCCGGAGCUGGCACUCGGGGACCUAGAACUAAUGGAGGCCAUGUUGACGAGCGGGGACCGCGAUGGGGAGCGCCAGAAGUUGCAGUACCAAUAG